AGGAGGCGGAGGAUGGAGAGGAACAGCCGUAUAGAUAGUUCUGGAGACCUGACACAGAGUGCAGAUGAAGACUGCUUCCUAGAUGCCCCACUUUUGCCCUCUCAGAAGCUUCAGUCUGUGAUCAGGCCGCACUUUCACCCAGUGCCAACGGUCUGCAUCUCCAUACUUUUGGCCUUGAUAAAUUUGGCGUAUGUGACACUUGCUGUGGUGGCUUUUUAUUUUUGUUUGUUUUCUGGAAAAAAAAAGGAAUGCAAUCAAUCAGUUGCUCCAUUUAAUUUAAGUACUGUGUUAGUCAUUUCAAAACUCAUCCUUUGGCUGCUUCAUGUAGUGAAUGAGCGGUUUGCCCAUCACCAUCACUGCAAAGCUAAAAACAAAGGCUUCCUUCACUUAUACAGAUCCACGAGGCACCUCAAAGGUCUUCCUCUCAUUAUACAUUCCACAGGCAAUGCAGCUCUACUUCUGAUACUCUCUGUUCAGGAUUCCAUCUCAAGCAACAGGCAGUUAUAUCCUUGUCUCAUCCUGAGUGUUUUACUGCUGGAGCUGAUCUUGUCUGUGAUAUGUCUCAUAAUUUACACAGUGAGGAUUUACAGAUUUAACAAACGUAAACCUAGACCAGAUAUUAUCGAAGAAGAGAAGAUUAAUGCAUACGAAGGUCAUGUAAAUCCAGAAAUUGGAUUCAGGCACCGUGCAAGUUUAGAAGAAGUUGUCGAAAAACAAGGUGACACAAUAGAAUACCUUAAGCAUCACAACGCGUUGCUGAGCAAACAGUUACUUGCUCUGACAUCAAAUCAAGAUUAGAAUUACAGCUUCUCUGCAAUACCAGCAUGCUGGUGAACUUUUCCCUUUAGCCCAAUAUGUAUUUUUUUUUUUUCGGAUCACAGUCAAAUGUAUGAAGUUGAUAAUUCCAGUAUUAAGCCAAUAAUUGUCAUGUCGAUAAAUUAUUUUUUCUGUUUUAAUUUGGUUUUGUUUUUUAUAUAACUUUUUCUGUUUUAAUUUUUUGGGUUUUUUUUUUUUUACUUUGCAUGUAACCAUGUGACUUUUUGUUGGCCUGUUGUGAAUAAUACAGUGUAAAUAACAUAUAUAUAUUUUGGUUGUUGCAAAGAUGUCUGAACUUUUUAACUGUGAGUAUUAUGGGUAAUGGCACACUGGGCGAUUUCGAAUGUUUUUUUAUCUCUACGGAUGGGGUGAAAAAUACAUGAAAUGCCACCCACCAUUCACAUUGUGUGUGUGGGGGGGGGGUGCAGUCAGAUGACAGGCGCUUUAUUAAUUCAAAAUGGAGCACUGAGCAUUGACUCUAGGUAAUUCUCAUUCAAAGUGAAGGGGGUGUUGAUUGCAAGCAUUACACUCCCACCCAUGGAACUACAGAAAAACUCUAUAAAACACUCAAAAUUCCAGUGCUCUAUUACCCUAAGGGCUACUUAACAGGCAUCGAAAUGCUGCUACUUGCCCAUGCUUUCCGUAUAGCGUCCUGCAAAUACCUUGGGUCUAUGGCACAUGCAAUAUUUUAAUUGCUUCUGCAUGUGGCUGUGGUUAAAAUAUUGCUAUUUGCAUGAGAUUAAAUCCCAUUCAGUCCAAUGGGAAGCACCAUGGGUUGCUUGACACCGACUACUAGUAAUCAAAAAUACGCAAGCACGUCUUUUUCAGUUAGUAGUUGGUGGCAAGGUUACCUGCAGGGCUUCUCAUUCCAGUGAACAGGAGGCAUUUGGGUGGACUUGGCAUCCUUUACCACUACAAGCAGAGGCAAUCAAAAUGCUGUGUGAUCCAUGAGCCUACAGGUAUUUUCAGGAUGUCAAUUACCAUGUUAAAAAUCAUAUUUUUAAAAUAAGAAUAUGUGUUACAAAGUUUACAACUCGCUGUUAAUAGCAAAAAAAAGUCACGUGUAAAAAAAAAAAGCAUCUGUAGAGGAAUCCUAGUAAUCAACACACACGAAAAAGUAAAAUAAAAACUUUUGGAAAGCAU